GGAGAGUCGCACGGGCGGCGGCGGCAGGAGAGGAGCGGGAGCGGCACAAGCAGCGUCUGCGGCAGCAGCAGCAGUAGCGGCAGCAGCAGCGACUGCGGGAGAAGCAGCGGGAGCCGCAGCAGUAGCGGGAGCGUCUGCGGGAGCGUCUGCGGGAGCAGCAGUGAGAGCCGCAGCAGAAGCGGCCGCGGAGCAGCGGCAGCGCGUGGCCAUGGGGUGGCGGGCAGCGCGCCCCUCCCCGCGCUGAGGGAGCCGCGGAUCCGAGCGCAGCCGCGGGAGCCGCCUCUGCUCGUGGCAGCCUGCUGUCACCUUCCCUUCUGGCAAUGGGGAAUGGACUCUCGGACCAGACGCCGAUCCUCUCCAGCCUGCCUUCCUUCCAGAGCUUUCACAUCGUCAUCCUGGGGCUGGACUGCGCUGGGAAGACGACGGUGCUCUACAGACUGCAGUUCAAUGAGUUCGUCAACACUGUCCCCACUAAAGGAUUUAACACGGAGAAAAUCAAAGUGACGCUGGGCAACUCGAAGACGGUCACUUUCCACUUCUGGGAUGUGGGCGGCCAGGAGAAGCUGAGGCCGCUGUGGAAGUCGUACACAAGGUGCACCGAUGGCAUCGUGUUUGUGGUGGACUCCGUCGACGUUGAGAGGAUGGAGGAGGCCAAAACAGAACUCCAUAAGAUUACUAGGAUAUCUGAGAAUCAAGGAGUGCCUGUGCUUAUCAUUGCUAACAAGCAGGACCUGAGGAACUCUCUCUCCCUCUCUGAAAUAGAGAAAAUGUUAGCAAUGAGCGAGCUGAGUUCUUCAACGCCCUGGCAUUUGCAGCCUACCUGUGCAAUCAUUGGAGACGGACUUAAAGAGGGACUGGAGAAACUACAUGAUAUGAUAAUUAAGCGAAGGAAAAUGUUGAGGCAGCAGAAAAAGAAGAGAUGAGUUCUUUUUUGACCUUUGUUUUUUAGGGUAGUUACAUGGUCAAAAUUUGACGUAAGACAGCUUCCAAAGCCAGGCCUGCCUGUUUGGAUGCCGUUAAGCUUAGUUACGUUGAACAAUCAGUUGCACAACCUUGCUGUGUACAGGAAGGCUGUGCAGUUGUGGAUUUUUAUUUUUUUUUAACUAGUCUCUUCUGAGUUUUUUUGGCUCUGUAUUAUUUCAGAAGCCCUAAUAGAUGAUGUAAUGCUAUCAGGAAAUGGAUGGGUGGGUAUAUGUGACAUGGAUGUCUAAAUAGCCAAAUAAAACGAGGGUUUUCUGCUUA